ACAUGCCACAGUACCAAUUCCGCGUUCAAAUACUAGUCGGAACUAGAAAACUGUUCGCUAACUGGUUGUAUUUUUACAAGUGCCGAUGUCAACCGUUCAGCAAGUCGUUACAUUUCCGAGUUUCAUAGUGGCAACUAGUACGGGAAAGCGGAAUAAGAUUAGCAUAUCCAAGACCGUACGAGGAAGUAUGACGUUUUCCCCCUACGGUUUACGGUCUUCACGUUUGUGUACAUUCACUUCAGUCAUUUCAACUCGAAGCUAAAUGCUAGGCUAACUGUGCUCGAUAGAAGGCGAAUGGUGGUUUGGCGCAGGUAGAACAUUCGUGCCCACUGAGCUUGUAUUUUAAACCGCAGUUAGUCCUGGCCCGACCGUACGAGGAAGUUUCCAUUCUCUCGUAUCUGUCUGUGAUGUACGGAUGGGUCGUUGACGGACUAUCGUCGCUCUUCGAGCCUAUAACCGGGCAAAAUCAUUCCGGUUGGCCUGGUUUGAACGUUGGCGGGGAAAGAGACUCGCAACGGCAGGAUAGCAACGCCAGGCCAACCAAAAGGAACUACCAGAGCGUUCAUGUUUCAGAAAAUGUUAGCCAGACUGAACCAGUGGCGAUCAAGAGACGGAGAAAAGACAUCAUUAGUUUUGUGAAGAAGACUGUAGCAGGGGUGGCUGGGCUGCUGAGACUGAGGAACCCACUGUCUCCUGCCAGUGAGAGAAACGGAAGGUACACAGCAAGCCAGGGCCCCGUGGGCCUGAUGGGAAUAGAUGAACUCCACACCUCAUGGAUGAGCAGCUCUGAUUGGAAAAUGGAGAAACCAACGGUAGGAGGACAGGGGGAGAGAGGGGGGCUGGGCCUCCUCCAGGGAGCCUCUCCCCCUCUGAGGAAACACACUGGCUUAGUGCUGGGUCCAGGGAACCCAGACAGAGGGAGAGAUGGAGACAAGCCCCAGAGAUGCUCCCUCCAGCUCCUUCCCAGUCGGCCUACCCAGGGGGUGGGGGUUGGGACAAGACCCCCCAGCUCAGACCUGCCCACCCCAAACCGCUCUCACAGACAGUGCUUGGCAGUGGAGGAGGCUCUGAAGGAGAGUGAUAAGGAACACUACAGACGGCUACUGGAGAUGGUGUCCGAUAAAUACAGCAAGAGCCAACCGCUGCCCUUCACCCGCACCAAACCCCAGGGGGAAACAUUUACACAAGAUGGACAUAGAAUGGCCAUUUUGGGAAGAACCUAUGAGUCUGUGACCCCAAAGACAGGACCCUUCAGAGCCAACCCCAGUGUGUAUAUGUGGAGAGAUACAUCCUCAGCCAAACAAACCAGAGACAUGAGAGGAGAGUUGUGGCUCAGUAAGCCUCUCAGCGCAGCUUUGGAUACACAACUUGCCAGCAAUGCAACGCAGAAGCAGCCAGAGCUGGAUCUCUCUGCAGAGGUGGCAGCAAGACUCAACCUGGUUGACAGAGAGACACCAACACACACUGACACACUCAACAGCACUGAGGAGCUCCCCAGGUUCAGCAAGGAGAUGGCUGUGGAGGUGAGUCGUGCCCUGUCUCAGAGGGAUCCUAACCUGGUCCUGAGCUCAGCCUUCAAGCUAUGCAUCACUCAGAGAGACCUGGCUUCCCUACAGGAAGGGAGCUGGCUCAAUGAUGAGGUGAUUAACUUCUACCUGUCCCUAGUGAUGACUCGUAGCAGUAGUGCAGGGCAAGGGCUGAAGGUCUACUCCUUCAGUACAUUCUUCUUCCCCAAACUACAUGGAGGGGGGCACGCCGCCGUGAAGCGAUGGACCAAAGCUGUGGACCUCUUCCAGUAUGACAUCAUCCUGGUUCCGCUGCACCUGGGAGUCCACUGGUCACUGGCUGUGAUAAACCUUAACUCCAGGACUGUGAGGUCCUAUGACUCUAUGGGACAGAGACAUGAUGACAUCUGCAGCCUCUUACUGCUGUACCUGAGAGAGGAGCACAAGGCCAGGAAGGACCAAGAUCUGGACGCGUGCAAGUGGACAGUGGGCAGCUUGAGGGCCAGCGAGAUCCCUCAGCAGAAGAAUGGCAGUGACUGUGGAGUGUUUGCCUGUAAAUAUGCUGACUACAUCGCCCAGGGGUGGCCUCUCACCUUCCGACAGUGUCACAUGCCGCUAUUCAGGAAACUGAUGAUCUGGGAGAUUCUCAACCAGAGGCUUCUGGAGGACUACACAACUACAUAAAAAUAAAUUACAGCUGCAAAACAACCAUUACAACAGAAAUGAUAACAAACAACGACAACAGGCAUGACUACUACACAGCCUCCAAACUACAACAGGAAGGACAACUACAGCGAACAGCUAAGCACAAAAGCAAUAAAUCAAAAAUAAAGGACAUAAAGGACCAAAGCUAUGAACCACAGUAUGACCUCUUACCCUCUGUCAGUGGGUAGAAGUGCAGUCCUUGUAGUGAAGAUAGGGUGGGUGUUCUCCGAAGCAUAGAGGUUACAAAGGAAUGGUUUGGAAUUGAUUGUGUGUUCAGAUACAUCCUGAAGUGCCUUGGACUCCAGAGAGUGUCUCUGUCAUACUUCUAGAAAACACUAAAUGGGGAAUCAGUUAGACACUUGAAAAUCCCUGCUGUCAUUGAUGCAAACUUAAAUUUAAAACAAGCUUUCUGUGUGAAACCAGAGUGUUUGUUAAUGUUGUGUGUGUAUAUUUAUAUAUGUCUAUAUUAGGUACUUUAUUUUUAUGACUAGUAGAAAGUGGAGUGACAACUGAGGCAUAUGAGUGUUAUUGAAUGUCUUAAUUUAUGGUUGAAUCAUCAUCGAAGGCAGACAGAAGAGUGCUGCAUGUGUGUGUACUAUAUUUAUGUAAAUAGAUUUUUUUUUUGACUGAAAAGUUUGUGUGCGUAGCUGCUUUAAUUUUGUCUGGACUGGAAGAGAGACCGGUGUGUGAGGUGCGCCAUCUCUGGCAGAGCAGGACCCCAUCUUAAUCCCUCACCACCACUAACAGAUAUGGACAAAUAAUUUAAAUCCUAAAUGUGUAACAAUAGUUUAUUUAUUUGAUGCGGAAGGCUUUUCUUUUAUGGCAUGUAUAUAAUUUAAUCCAGCAGUAACAGCAUCUGUGUAGACGUUUUUGUCAUACAUUUUAUAACAGUUCUAUUGGAUUGUAUGUGUUUUCGUUUAAAGGCAUGUAGAGAAUAAUUUCUAAUGAGUCUGUACUGCUUUAGCUUGGGUCUGCCUCUGAAAUUGCUCCCUAUGACUCAAAGUGGUGCACUAUAUAGGGUUCCAUUUCCACUAGGCCCUUGGCCUAUAAAGCUGUAUGUGCUUUAGCUUACACUCCUGUGCUGUUCAGUGUGAUGGUAACCCUGUAGCUAACAUGUCUGGGACGGCAAAGGAAGCUGAGUUGGCUAAAGCGCGUACAGAUCUGGGACCAGGCUAGUACUGCUUAUGCACGGGUCAUUACACUGCGUAUUACAUUGCGUGUAUUUCUGCUGCAAUUAUUCAUGUGUGUGCAUAGAGCUGUGCUGACAACCUCAGUCAUAUUUUUGUAUGUAAUAAAGGUCAGAAGGAAAGAAAUGGA